UGAUAAUUCUUGUUUUAUAUGCUUAUUACAUAUUAAAAAUCUAAGUUCCCCCUUCAUUGUUGUCGGGAUUUUAGUAAUUAUCAGGACAGAGUCUUAAAAAUGAUGUACCAUUAACUACCCAUUUCGAAAUUGUUUUUAUAAUUUACUUUUAUAUGGCAGGGGAAGGGGUUUAAAAUUUAGACUAUAGCUCAAUCUCAGUUUCACUAGUAUUGACAAAGAAAAUUCAAUUAUUUCUGCACUAUCUUGACAAAUACAAAGAUUAAUAUUACUCAAAAGCAAAUAAAAUAGCAGAUGCUUUCAAUUACGGGAAAUUUCUCUUUCUUUUACAAUUUUCUUUAUAACGAGUAGGCGGAAAUUAAUUAAAGUUAUCGAUUCAGGGUCAACGAAUACUUGCAAUCAAAUUAAUGCAUUUUCUUUCCCAAAGGGUCACAAUUUCUAUGCCCCAAGCGUCAACUUUUGUUUAUUCUUAUUUUUGUUCUUACGAGACUCUUCAUUUGCUAUGUGCCCCAAAACUCCAAAACCCAAUUAAAAACCUUACUUUAUUCUCAAUCAACUUGUUAAUUCAUGCACUGGCCAUGGCAGGAGUUGGAACCCUAGUAGAUCUAUUACUCUUCUACUCACUUGAGAGAUCACUAUUCAACAGAAUGGUUCAAAUGAUGGGAAGGUGUUCACAAGAAGUUAAAAGAACCAUAGCUUUUUGGCUUGUGCUAGAGGAGAUUGGCUAUCAUGACUUGAUUCGAACCAUUCAUUCCUUGGAUAACAAAACCAUUGAAGCCCUCUCCAAUGAAGCAUUGCAAUGCCUGAAAUUCAUUAAACCUGAUGCUGUUGAACACACACUAUUAGACAACUUCCCUGUUUUUCAAGGCCUCUUGGAUGAACCUAUGAAUAUCAGCUUCUUUUACUACAACCGGGAGCUCAUUUACAAGCGCUAUAUCCACUUUAUGGAGACUGUUUGCAACAAAAUAUUUGGUGGCACGGCUGCUAUCGAAGUUGACGAGUCUGGCUUAAGGCCUGUGGUUCGACCCUUUACUCAGAGUUUUAAUAGUGCACAAGCUGCAGCCAUUAAUGUAACACCAAGAGAAUCAAAUUUGAAUCCUGAAGCUCCAGCGUUCCAUCCUGUACAGUCCCCAGACGAUGCCAAGAUGAUGUUUUUAACAUUCUCCAAAGGUCACCCUCUAACACGAGAAGAAAUCAUUAACUUCUUCACCUCGAAGUGGGGUGAAGUCGUAGAAGAUGUGUUCAUAGAGCAAAGUCGUCCGGGGCAAGAACCACAGUUUGGACGUAUAGUUUUUACAGCAUCAACAGUGGUAACUAGGGUUCUAAAUGGUCAAUCAAAAGCUAAGUUCUUGGUUAAUCGAAAGCAUUUGUGGGCUCGUCAAUAUGUGCAUCGGCAUGAAGGCAGGACAGGAGGACUACUUAAUCAUGAAAAAGCUUGCAAUUAGUUGAGUCUUGAUUAUUCACGUAUAUGUAAUCUCUUUUCUUAAAUUUGCAUAUCUAUUAUCAAUUAUACAAAUCUUGCUCUAUUAAACUACCUUACAGUGAUUAUAAAGC